AUGACAUCAAACAACCCAAGCUCGGUGUCUUCUAGUCACGCAGUCGAUGCUCUUGUGACAGCACUCAUGAAUCUUAACAUGAGUUCUGUCACUGCCCAUGCACUCGUUACCAUCAUCCAAGCAAUUGCAGAUGGUGGCCAGACCAUUCCGUCAGCAGCCGUUCACCCUGGACAGAAAGAUCACACAGCCGAUUGUGAUGUUGAAGACAAUGCUGAUGAGGGAGCUGAGGCUACUCCAGCCUCCACCACCACUCCACCGCUCUCCUCCACCACACUGGCACCCGAUAUCGGCAGUAUUGCUGAAGCCAUCGCGAAACUCUCGCUCUGCAACAAUGCAGACUUAGUUGGGACCAACGCAGACUUAGUUGGGACCAACGCAGACUUAGUUGGGACCAACGCAGACUUAGUUGGGCUUCCGCCCAGAUCAGUUUCGUAUAAAGGGUUCCCAUACGAGAUUCCGGAUCUGUCUGCUGAAGGGCCCUUCUACUGCGUGAUUAAAGGCAAACGUGUUGGAGUUUUGGCCACUUGGUACGCCUUUUUUUUGGCUCUAUCUUACGCACUUAACAAUCAACCAACAGGGAAGACACUUCUCCCCAAGUCACGGGGGUCAGUGGUGCUAUCCAUAGCCGCUGUCCGUCAGUUGAAGUAG